AUAUAUAAUUCCUUUUGAACAACCGAAAAUGGAGAGGUUCAUUUCAAAAUCUUUACUAGAUAAAUCAAUUUUUAGCUCAAAUAUAAAAAUACUCUCUGCUGCUGUCCCUAUCAAAUUAAUUGGAGACUUUCAAAGGAAAUUCAAAGCUUUAUUACUCAAAAUGCCUGCUGUAAGAAAUGUAGUCUCUAUUAAAGACGAUAAAACACAGAAAUUAUUACUACUUGACAAAGUAUUUGGGACUGAUACAGAUUCGCUUCCUGAAGAUCUGCAAAAGUUCCUCAAAGAAAAAGAAAUCCUUAUCGAAGAAAAACAAUUAAGUAUUGGAUAUGACAAUAUGACAAGCUAUGAGGCACUUGAGAAGGUCCUUCCCAAAGAUGUUAUCAUUCCUACUGGAUUCGAGUCUGUUGGCCAUAUUGCCCAUAUGAACCUUAACGAGGAACAAAUGCCAUAUAAAUAUGACAUUGGGCAGAUCUUCUUGGAUAAAAGUCAUGGAAUCAAGACUGUUCUGACUAAGGUAGGGCAUAUAGAAAAUACUUAUCGGACAUUUAACUUCGAAGUCCUUGCAGGAGAGGAAACAUUUGGAACAACACAAAACGAAGAUGGCAUCAAAUUCGAUGUUGACAUCUCUAAAGUUUAUUGGUGCUCAAGACUCAGCCAAGAAAGAUCAAGAGUUAUAGAAGAGUUCUUCAAGCCAGGCGAUGUCGUUUGUGAUAUGUUCUGUGGUAUUGGGCCUCUCUCGAUCAGAGCAGCCAAGGAGAAAGGAAUUAAAGUCUUAGCAAAUGAUCUCAAUCCUGACUGUUAUCAUUAUUUAAGGCGAAACAUUGUUCAAAACAAGGUAGCAGAUUUUGUUCUUCCCUUCUGAAUGGAUGGAAGAGAGUUUGCUAAGCAUUGCGUUCAAGAGUCAAACAAUAAAGAUGUUCUUAACAAAGAAGAGGAAAAGAAAGAAUCUGUGGAUUCAAAAAGUAUGAAGAAGAGAAAGAAUCCUUAUCAGAAAGAAGAGGAAGCAAAGUUGGUCCCAGAGACAGAGAUUAUCACACCUUUUAAGGAUAGGUCUUUCCUGCAUUUUGAUCAUGUCUACAUGAAUCUUCCAAUGGAUGCAGUAGAGUUCCUUGAUGCAUUUAUUGGAGUUUUCAAGGAUGCUAAUCCUGAUGUCUGGAUUAGAGAUGAUAAACCAAAAGGAAUAGAUAAAGGCCAAGGACUUCCAUUGAUUCAUGUUUAUGGUUUCACUACAGAAAAUCAAGACAAAGACAAAGCAAAGGAAUUUUUUACCCAAAGAAUUGCUGAAGUAUUCAAAGAAUGAGGGGGUUUCACUGGUGAUAAAAUUCUAAGGAUUCAUAACAAUCGAGAUGUAUCAAGAGUCAGUUCAAUGUACUGUAUAACUUUCAGACUUCCAGAAGAAGUUGCUUAUUAUAACCCUCAUAAGAGGCAAAAGAUCGAGGAGAAAGAAGAGGAAUAAUAAAUUCAAUUUAGCACUAAAAA